UUCCACUUUAUUAUCGUUCUUUGCUGCAUUUCAAAGUUGGUAUAGACAAAACCUUAUGAUAUUGUACAUACUUUUCUUCACGUACUCAACAAUCACAUUAUCAAAAGCAUCGAAUCGCAGCUGUUAUAGCCACCACGCCUUACAAAGCCCCACCCCAUCGCUCUUACCCACCCAAUCCACUCCGCCAAUUUAGAUAAUAAGUCGGAAGGCGCUGAUCAUGAUUCAGUUUGAAAAAGGAACAUGUUGAAGUCGCCAUCAUUGAGCAGAUCUCAGGCUUCCCCUACUCUCUGCCACUAUGCAACUCCUGCGACACGACCCUCACUGUCGCGCAGAACAUCGACUGCGAACAAACCUUCUCCCUCGUCACAAUCACAGCAGCAACCGAUACCUCAGUCGCAACCAAAGAAAUGGGUCUAUGUUGACGCUUCUACUCAGUGGAGCCCUCCCAUAAUGCCUUCUAGUAUGGCAGAUGGAACAUCGACACCAGUGCAAGUGAAAGUUGAGGAUUUUCCUCCAGAACCCACCAUUGCGCCAGAACAACUCAACGUUGAUGUCUCACGCAGUAUAAACCCACCAAUACAACCGGAAUCGCCAAGUAUGAAGAGAAGGCAAUCGGCAAUCGACGAUGCGCAUAUUGCUAGCAAAGGGGUUUCAUCCCCAAAGAGAGUGAAACCUCAAGCGACGGUGAAGAUUCUACCUCGCAACUAUGAGCAUUGCGAAGAAGAGGAUAUGGUCAUUCUCAUAGCUAGUAUGAUUGCUGAAUUGAUUCAAAGAAACGAUCUUCUUCCUCCGCAGAACGGAGUGUUGACACGCUUUCAUUCUAGGUAUGCAUGUGUGUAUAUUUAUGUUUACAUGCUUCAAUACUAACGGUUUCUAGAUCGCCUCCUGGAAUUUCUGUUCUUGAUUACCUCCGCCGACUUGCAAAGCAUGCCACUCUAAAACCUCCUCUCUUACUUUCCAUGGUUUACUACAUCGACCAACUUUGCGCUUCAUAUCCAGCAUUUACAAUCACAACCUUAACUGUUCAUCGAUUCUUGAUUACGGCGGCUACAGUAGCCUCAAAAGGACUUUCAGAUAUUUUUUGGAACAAUUCAACGUACGCGAGGGUUGGUGGUGUCAAAUUGGCAGAAUUAGGAUUGCUAGAGCUUGAAUUUUUACACAGGGUCGACUGGAAAAUAAUUCCUAAGCCUGAAAUGCUGACAGAUUAUUAUAAAGGUUUGAUUGAGCGAAACGACCGUUACAGAAUGGAAGGAGAUUUAUCUGAUGAAUCAGACGGAUUGGAUGAUGAUGAAGAAGAAAGUGACGACCUUGAUACCCCCGAGGCGACCGAGGUUGGAAUUGGCGCAAAUAUGAGAGACUCGGAGGUGGAUGCUCUAAAUCAUAAAACGAAAUCUGGACGAGAAGAAACGACACAGUCAAUACCGUCCUAACCGCGUCUUCACAAUUAUGAUAAUACCCUUUUUCUCUUUCGCCGCGAUGCUUUGGUUUUCUGGCGUUGGGAAGGAGUAUUUUACACAGCACUGACGAAUAGAUCAAGAGGCGCCUUGGCUUUGUCCAUGAGGAAAAGAUGUAUAUAUCCAAGUUGAAAUGCAAAUAAUUUCAUUUGCCAAACCAGGUACUUUUAGAAAAUUGAUACUUAUUUGAAAAGUUAACAGCCAUAUGCCAAUCUAAAAGUACAUACAUAUUAGGUAGACAAAUAAACUCUCAGCCUUGUAGCCCCAAGGGUCAAGGUUACAUAAGUAGCUGACCCACAACCUGGAAUCUCGAACACGCUAAACACAUUACGUAAUCACAGCCUGCCCAGAUUCGCUCCACGAACCUCGAACCUCAAAGCUCCAGCUAAGCUCUCAACCAAGCCAACCCAACCACCACAAUGAAGCCCAGCAGUUUCUUCCUCGCGCUCUGCGCAUACAUCCUCCCCCAUCGCGGCAGCCAUAACCGAAGAAACAGACACAGCAACAAUUUACAUCCAACCUCUCGUCUCCGAUUCCGCCUACCCACUAGCAACCAUAUCCUACAACCCCUCCACCCUCUCCGCCUCUCUCGUCUCGUACGAACCGCCCGUCGAUCUUCUCCCCUCCUCAUCUUCCUCGUCUUCCCCCCUCGAAAACCUCGCUCUAACCGGCACAUUCGAUGCCCAAACCUCCGUUUUCAAAUCCUCCACUUCGCUACUGUCCCUCGAUAAUUUUCAAAAAGGUUAUAAACCCACUAUUAUCCUAACGCUUGAUUCUCAAGGCGCGGUAUUGGGUGUGACGAUUAAGAGUGGGGUGAUAGAUGCAGGUGCUACGAGGGAUUUUGCGCCGAAGGUGGAGGUUAGACGGAUGGUUGCGGGGAAGGAACCAGUUCUAGGGCCCAAUGUGGUUUUGAGUAAGGAGGGAAAGCUUGAGGGAGAGGUGGUGGAGAAGACGUUUUUGCAGAAGUAAGUUUAUGGUGUUUUUUUUCCUGUAUUUUGGGAAGAGGAUGGAUGGGCAGUUCGGAUUUGCAUGGAUGACGGAUGUGCUAACGAUGUGAUAAUUUAUAGGUACUGGUGGAUUCUUUUAGGAGCAGCAAUGUUGACAAUGACUGCUGGAGGUUCUGAAUAAAUUGGCUAGGCAUUGGAGUCUGGAUCGGAGCUAUGCUGGGAUUGCCCGGGCAUUGGAUAAAUUCAUUAGAUACUACGGCGACGUGUUCGACGAAACAACAUACUGGUCGAAUACCCUGGUCAUUCAUGAUGGAAAUCGUUUAUGAAACUCUCGGAAAAUGUGACGUCACUCGCAAUAUAACGCCGUAAUGGCUGUAAGAAUCUUCUAAAUGGCAAGAAGUAAGGAAGCUGCCAGAAGGGUUGGGAUAUUACGGCGUAAUAGACAAUCGAUCAAUGAGUAGCAGCCGUCGAAAAGAGGAAAUCUUAAUACCUACGAUACCUCAAAAUUCUCAUCUUAGGGCAGAAUAAUCAAGGAGUCAAUGAUUUUUGAACUGUGUUAGACCAACUCUAAGAAACGAGGGUUACACAUGUAAGGAUUUUGGU